AUGGCCUCAUCGUUUUAGGUUAUGUUACCCGCCGAAUUCGGCUAGUGGACUGUGAUUUUAAAAUUAAACUCGUAAGUUAAGAGCUCUUGCAAUAUGCCGAAUUAUUUCACGAAAAAUAGACAUCCGAAUAAUCCUCCCUUUCAUUUUUCGGAUCCUCAACUUGUACCACGUGUGCGGCAGUAUAUCGAUGAAAAUAGGAACAGGCAGUAUGUUGACGUUACAAUGAUGGCAGAUAGUUUGCAGCAAAGGUAUCCUCGAGAUUACGCAAGGAGGAAAAGAAUUGCCUUCCGUGGAAUGGUUAGCAGAGCUUAUCAGUACCUAUUGCAACAAAAUGAUUAUAACGGAAGAGAUAAUUCAUACUCAUCCCACAACAAUUCAAAUAUCAACUCCUCUUUUACAAAUGAUUCUAGUAAUGGGCAAAGUAGAGCUGAUGAAGAGGAUAAUCAAGAUGAUGAUGAUAUCAUUGUAGACGUCCCAGAGAAAGAACCAAAUUUAGUCAACAAACAGCUCGCAAACCUCUAUGCAUCAUCUCCCAAUGUGAAGAAAAACAAUCCUAAUACAAGCACACCUGGACAAACUGAUCAAGAAUUAAUCAAUCUAAGUAGUGAUGAUGAAAGCAAUUCAGAGCAGAUGAAUUCAAGGAAACGUACAAAAAUUUCAAAAAUAGCUGAUGAUACUGAAAUAUCUGUUACAUCGCCAGCGCCCACUGAACCGCUUCCAUCUCAGGUUCCUCCGAGUUCUGAAGUUCCUGCUCCCAAAGGUCAAAAACGGAAAGCAGGCGAAGGGUCUCUAAUUCCACCUUUAUCGUUGCUUCGUAGGAAGAAGAGAGAAAUCCCUCUGACCAAAUCAACGGUUACUCUGAAAGAUGUCGGUGGAAAUCGGAAAACUGUCGAAGAAGUAAUCAAACUUUUAAUUCAUCUGAAACAUCCAGAAGUGUAUAAAACCAUAGGAGUUACAUUACCCAGAGGGUUUCUCCUUCAUGGACCUCCAGGCUGUGGAAAAACUCUUCUUGCUCAUGCAAUUGCUGGGGAAUUAGACCUGCCAUUGCUAAAAGUUGCUGGACCUGAACUAGUUGCUGGAGUGUCAGGUGAAAGUGAAGAAAGAAUAAGAGAUUUGUUUGAGCAAGCCGUCUCCUUAGCACCUUGUAUUUUGUUUAUUGAUGAAGUUGAUGUAAUUAGUUCGAGGCGAGAGUCUGCCCACCGUAAUAUGGAACAGAGGAUAGUAGCGCAACUUUUAUGCUCUCUCGAUAAUUUAGAUAAUGCAGAGAAAGGAAAUCAAGUAUUAGUCAUUGGUGCAACCAAUCGUCAUGACAGUAUGGAUCCUGCUUUAAGGAGAGCUGGAAGAUUUGAUCGAGAAAUCUGUCUUGGAAUUCCUGACAAAAAAUCAAGGUUACAAAUUCUUCAAAUUCUAGUGACCAACAUGAAACUCUCCAAGAAUGUUAGUCUUGAACAGCUAGCAGCAUUGACACCAGGUUACGUUGGCGCAGACCUGAAAUCAUUGACAAGAGAAGCAGCUAUCGCAGCUGUCAGCAGAAUUUGUGAGGAUGUCAAGAACAAAAGGUUGAAAGUGAUUCAGUCAAAUGAUAAUGCUAAAAACAAAGAGAGCAAGGAUGAUGACAUCACUAUCGAUGAAAAUUCUCAAGAUAUAACAAUCUUACCAGAACCUGAGAAGACCAAUGAAACAUCGGACAAAAACUCAGACUGUGAUAUUGUGGAAGUUGAAUCCAAGAGCAAUGAAGCCGAGAAAAGUGAAACUAAAGAAAAAAAUGGUGAAGAUGUUAUUGUAGAGAAAAGUUUUGUCUUAACAGAAGAUAGGUUGAAAGAAUCAAUUAGCAAUUAUUAUGGAGACGAAAAAAAGGAGUCAGAUGUAAAAGAAACGGAAGAUUCCAGCAAGGAAGUACAACCAAUGGAAGUUGAGGAAACCAAUGAAGCAAACAUGAAAGAACCAGCAAAUGAUUCUGAAAAGGUUCCUCCGGAAUCAGAUAAAAGUAAAUUUUAUUGCAGCUUCGGCUUAAACUCGAAAGAAGCUAUCGAUGAGUCAAUUGAAAGUCUAUUGGAGUGGUUGCGUGACAAGACGCCACUGAGUGAAGCAGAACUAUCGGAGUUGUUUGUUGAAUUUGCUGAUUUUGAGAAAGCUUUAAAAACAGUUCAACCAUCAUCGAAGAGAGAAGGUUUUGCUACCGUACCUGACGUCACCUGGAAUGAUGUUGGCUCCCUCAAUGACAUUCGACAAGAACUGCAAAUGGCAAUUCUGGCCCCAGUUCAGCACUCUGAGUUAUUUACACGUUUGGGUUUAACUGCUCCAACUGGUGUGUUGCUAUGUGGUCCUCCAGGCUGUGGAAAGACGCUCCUUGCCAAGGCUGUUGCUAAUGAAGCUGGAAUUAAUUUCAUAUCUGUAAAAGGUCCUGAGUUGCUGAACAUGUAUCUUGGAGAAAGUGAACGAGCUGUAAGACAGUGUUUCGAAAGAGCCCGCAACUCGCAGCCAUGCGUAAUUUUCUUUGAUGAAUUAGAUGCUCUUUGUCCGAAGCGUUCAGAAUCCAGGGAUAGUGGAGGAGGAAUGAGAGUUGUCAACCAACUUCUUACUGAGAUGGAUGGCGUAGAAGGAAGGCAAAGCGUAUUCUUAAUGGCAGCAACAAACAGGCCUGAUAUGAUUGAUCCUGCUGUCUUAAGACCAGGACGUUUAGACAAAAUUCUGUACAUAGGACUUCCGUCACCUGAAGGAAGAGUAGAUAUUUUAAAAGCUCUCACUAAGAAUGGCACGUGUCCUGCUCUGCACUCGGAUGUAAACCUAAAUGAAGUAGGACUCAGUGAGUUGUGCGAAGGGUUUUCUGGUGCUGAUCUUGCUGCCCUUGUUCGAGAAGCAGGAGUCCAGGCGCUUAGGGAGUACUUAGAAGAACCAUCAUCAGUGUUAGGAGGCCUUGAAUCCAUUUCCCUUAGGCAUUUCGAGGCUGCAUUGAAGAAAAUACGAAAAUCAGUAUCUGAUAAGGAUCAAAUAUAUUAUGAAAGACUACGCUUACUAUAUUCACCCUCAUCAGCUAGUUCGAAGAAGAAAGUGACCGAAAGUGACAAUGCAUCAAGCUCUAAAAGUUGACUUGGAUAAGAGACGCCUCAUACCAUGGUUUUGCAGUAUUUUUUGUGAACUCAAAUUUCUCCGAUCCACCAAAGAUUUCUCAUUUUUGGCUCCCCUUCAUUUUUAAUUUUUUACAAUAGAAUUAUGAACUACUUCAAUAAUGUACCAAUAAUUGUUCGGUAAAUUGCGAGCAAAUGAAAAGUAUCAAUAUCGUAUUGAAAUUUAAAGAAUUCUACUUUUGCCAGUGUCAGAAAUGGUGGCAAAUAAAUUUUAAAUUUCAUAGUCUCUCUUUGAAAUUGCCGUUUCAAUAUUUAGAUUUAAGAUCAAUAAAUACCAAAGUAUGCAUGUGAGUUUUAUGUAUCGUGAGAAAAAAUGUUUCUCGUAAAGUUUCAAAAGCUAAAACAUCACCUGAGUUAAGGUGAUUUGUCUGGUAUGGUUGAACUAGCAAGGAAUAUAUCGACCAUGUCAGAAUCAGGGGCAAAUCACCUUGAAAAAAUAUGUAAAUAUUAAUUUUAUCAUGCGCGCGCAAAACUUACAUGCAUUCGUUACAUGUACAAAUAAGAGGUGUUACCUAAAUUCAUUGAUAGGGUCAAAAGUUCUUUUAGAAAGGGUGUUUCCAAUUUACUUCAGUAACUUUAUAUUCCCACUUCAGAUUAAUAUAAUAGAAGUAUGUAUUCUCAAGAAAUUUACUUAAUGGUGGGGCCAAGGAGAGUCGGAAGAAAACCGUCCCACUAAAUAUGUAACACCUUUCUGGUGAAAUAAUUACCUGUAAAAUUUUUCUGUCACUCUUUAAGGGAUAUUCAUGGGUUAUUUUUUUUUCUUAUUUUUUCUUUCUUUAUGAUUGCUUCAAUUUUAUUUGUAAAUUAGAAAAUAUGCCUAAGUCAAUUUCUUUCCUCAAUGAUCUUCAAUCAAGUAAUAAAAUUGCCAUUUCUAUGACUCUUGUUUCCAGACGUGUAUAUAUGUAUUCAUGACUUUUUUACCGGUGAAAUAUGUAUUUUUACCAGGAUUUUCCAAUAUGCUGUCUUUGAUCGAUUAUUUUUACUUUUUUGUAAUUUUUAUCCUGAAGGGAGAACUAAAGUUACAUUUUAAUUUUUUGUUACUCGCAAAUAAAUUGUUCCACAAUUUUAAGCAAACUAUCAAGCUCUAAGAGUUUUUGAAAUUGGAAAAAAAAAACAUAAGUAUUUCUUUCCCUCGGGAAAUACACCAAUGAAGUGUGUAAUGAAAUUCUAAAACUUUUUCAUUUUUACUAUUUAGUAUUUUCUCUUUUUCAAUUUUUCUCUUUUUAUUUAUUUUUUUUUUCAUAAUUAUUUUAUAAAUGUUUAUAAUGUGCACUCUCUUUUUCGGUGUAGUUUAUCCUGAUGUAACAGAUACUGGUGCUGUAAGGUAAUAGAUACUUUCCUCAGUUUUGUCUAUCCAAUAUACAUUCUUUCUUCAUUGUCAAGAGCCUCUAAGACCAAUAUACCUGUUCGGCGUUUGUGCAAUUUGUAAAGCAGGCAGUGCUGUGUGCAGCUCACAUUUUAAUACAACUUUUGUUUAAGGUGAUGUAAACAACUGGAAUCCGAGAACCGAAUAAUGUCCGCAAUAAAUGUCUUUUUAUCUUUCAUAAUUUUCGAUUCACCAAUGCUUGAUCAGCCAGGUGGACAACACAUGCACAGUCCUCGUUUGCAUGCUGCGAUUUGUUGAUACGUAAAUGACCUGUUUUCUCAUAGAAUUUUGAUGUAGACAGAACAAAAAAAAGUAUCGAAAAAUGUUUUCCAUCAUUUAUUUACUACAGGUACCCUUUCUUUCAUUCCAUCUCUUGAAAAUUGAAAAUAGUAUCGAAACACUGCACUGACUAUUUUUACAGAUUUACUGAAAGCUGUCCUAUUUUUUUCUCUCUUUCCUAUUUUAAAGGAAAACUAUCAACUUUAAAAGAAUGAUAAAGUGAUUAAUAUUAGAUUCAUUGGCAAUUGAGAAAGCGUAAGUUCUCAUCUCUUUGUGGACUUCCUCUCUUUUGCAGAUCUCUCUCUUGAAUUGAUAUUGAAUCUCUCCUGUCGUCCUUAAAAAUUUCUUCAGCCCACAGACUGUGUAAGAUAUUUUUUUUUUACUUAUUUAUUUUUAAAUAUUCAUUUCCAGACAGUUAAACGUACAGAUGGCAGGCUCAGUGAGCCACACUAGUUUUACGUAAACUAUUUUCAUGUUUUAAACCAUAAGUAAUUCAAAUUGAGCAUGUUUGAAUGUAUGUUUGCUUAGAACUUAUGGAGGGAUUAUUACUGGAAACAAUCAGUUGUAAAUUUUCUAAAUACUCAGUCAAAUAAAUUUUUCACAUGAAGCACUA